GCAAAGGCGCGGCGGGGUCCUUCUUCCCAUUUCACUCCCUGCCCUGCCCCUGCUGCAGCAGCUCAGCUCAGCUUCUUUCUCUCUCUCUCUCUCUCCCCCAAAGGCCAAAGCCGUGGACUCGCCGUAUCUUUGGUCCCCCACCCCAAAAAGCCCACCUUCCCCAUGGCGGCACACGACGCCUCCGCCGGCACCGGCACCGGCACCGGCACCGGCACCGGCGAGGGCUCGAGCCGCCCGCCGCAGCGCGCCCCGCUCUCCCUACCCCCGCGGGCCGCAAUCGAAUCCUUCUUCGCCUCCGCCGCCGCCGGGACCAGCCCCGGCCCGCUCACCCUCGCCGCCGCGCUCUUCCCCGACAUGCCCUCCCCGGCCUUCCACGGCUCCUUCACCCAGCUCCUCGCCGGCGCCAUGGCCUCCCCGCCCGCACCCGCCGCCCCUCCCUCGCCCUUCGCCGUGCCACCGGGCCUCAGCCCCGCCGCGCUCCUCGCCUCCCCCUCGCUCUUCUCCCCUACUACGGGAAACUUUGAAAUGACCCAUCAGCAAGCUUUGGCACAAGUAACAGCACAAGCAGUCCAUUCCCAGUACAUUAUGGACAGUCAAGCAGAUUAUUCUCUCCCUUUCUCACCGACAACAUCAGCCUUGACAUCACAGCAUGCCAACUCUUCUACACAUGUGACAUCAACAAAGGAGACAGCAACUCUGCCGUCACAUACUGGAAAUGACAACCUUAAAUUAGCUGAGGUUUCACAAGGAUUCCAAACUUCGGCCCUAGCUGUGGAUAAACCUGCGGAUGAUGGCUACAACUGGCGUAAGUACGGCCAGAAGGCCGUUAAGGGUGGGGAGUAUCCAAGGAGUUACUAUAAAUGCACCCAGGCAAGCUGUCCAGUUAAGAAGAAAGUGGAGCGCUCCUCAUGUGGACAGAUUACUCAAAUUAUUUAUAGAGGCCAGCAUAACCACGAACGGCCACCAAAAAGGAGGUCCAAAGAUGGUGGUAAUUUACUAAAUGAAGAUGAUUUCCGAGAGAACGGGGACACUUUGACUAGAUCAGAACCAGGCUCUCAAGAUCAUUCUGGGAAAGUAGAGGUAUCAAAUGACAGCAAGAAGGGAGACAGAGACGAUCAAUCAUCUGGAUCAAGUGAUAGUGAGGAAGAGAACAAUGAUGAAGCAGGUGCUGAGAAUGGAGAUGCCGGUGCUGUGAAUGCAAAUAAAAGGCAUGUGCCAGCACCAGCUCAAAGGAUCAUUGUGCAAACAACUAGUCCGGUUGAUCUUUUGGAUGAUGGAUACCGGUGGCGUAAGUAUGGGCAGAAAGUGGUAAAAGGGAAUCCUCAUCCAAGGAGUUACUACAAAUGCACAUACCAAGGAUGCGAUGUAAAGAAGCAUAUUGAAAGAUGUUCGCAAGAACCAACGGCUGUGAUAACUACAUAUGAAGGCAAGCAUAGUCAUGAUGUUCCCGCAGCUAGGAACAGCAGCCAUGCUUCUGUGGCCAGUGCCAAUGCAUCAUCUUCCGGCAGCUUAGUGCAUAGAGGGCAGAACACAGCAUCCAGUAAGCAACGGUCAUUGCGCAGAGCAGCGUUACAUAGACCACCGUCAGAUUCUUCGUUGCAGCUAAAAGAGGAAAAUGAGGUAACAUAAAAUUUUGGAGUACGUAGCGAUGUAAACUAUUCUGGUCUCUAUUGUUGGCUGAGCUGCUGCAUUGGUUGGAAUUAAGAGGAAGAUAUCUUUCCACAGCAUUGCAUCUUGCAUGCUGUACUUCCAUUGGUUGUAAAUUGUAUUGGUCUCUAAUCGAUGGGAAAACUAUAGGCGGCAGAGGUUUCGUUGCUCCAACUGUAUAUGCUCGAGUUGUAACUCUUUUACCUGAUAGCCUGAUUUGUACAUAUACGCAGUUCCUUCCAUAUCUUAGAAAGUGUUAUUUGACAGGGUGUAUUGAAGUUACAAUUGAUUAACAAGGCAAUGGUUUUGCCCUUGCCGUGAAUCUUCUUUCA